AUGGCUCAGCAUCAGCUUGAUGAAUACGUCUGUGUCACUCGCGAGAUAAAUGCCCCUGUUGCCGAAGUUUGGGGCAUGAUUGCUGGCUUUGGGGCUGAGAAAGCGUGGUAUCCUGGUUGCCUUCGACUCUCUGUUGAAGGCUUUGGGAUCGGCAGCACUCGCACCUUUGACUACGAGUAUCCUGAAGGAGAGCAUAAAGGAGAGCGCUAUACAUUUUCGGAGGAGAUGACCGAGGUUGACGCAGCGAACCAUUCUAUGACACUCAGAGUGCGCAGGCCUGACUAUCCCGAUAUGAUCGCUUAUGGAACUACAAUCCUGGACUCUCUGGGACCUAACAAGACGCAAUUCCGUUGGCUUGCGAAUGGUAGCCCUCUGCCUGAUGCGUACACGGCAAUUCUGCGAAAAGAUCUCGACUUUCGAUUCAACCAACUCAUUGAUGCUAUUGCUGCCGUGGUUGAGUCAAAGUGA